AUGGUGACUGACGAGCGCUUUCCCGAGCGCGUGAUCUUCCUGGAUGUGGAUGGAGUGCCAUCCUCGGCAUCCCAAGUCGCCCAAGUGCUACAUGCAGCAGACGCCACCAUGGACAGCGGUGAGGACCUGUUCCUCCGUCCAUGCUUGGAGCGCUUGGCACUGGUGGCAAGUCGUGGUGCUGCCGGGAUUGUCUUGUCCUCCUCUUGGAGGUUGGAGCCGGCUUCGGUUGAGGAAGUGCGCAGACAGUUGGCGACAGUAAAGCUGUCACUUUGGGGUGCCACUGCCAGUGAUGCCACACUGGGUCCUUCAACCAGGGCGCAGGAGAUCGUGGACUGGCUGCAAAAAGCUCAGGAGGUCACCCAGCGAUGCGUGGUGCUGGACGAUUUGGACUUGGGCCUGGGAAGUUGCUUUGUGCAGGUCAACGGCAAGGAAGGCCUAAGCGAUGCAGAUGUCGAAGCAGCAGUGGUAACGCUAAACAGCCGCAGAGGCGACGUCUCAGCCGUGCUGAAGAGCUUCAGCGAUGCAGUUUGCGGGGCGCCAUGGCGAGAGCGGUGGGAGAAGUUGGAGAGGAAAUCAGCAAAGAAAAAGAAGCAGAAGAAGGAGAAAAAGGAGGACAUUUGGUGA